AUGGGCCUAUGGUCAAUAUACGUGCCUCCAGCUGCUUGUCUCAGCUGGGAAGCUAUGAUCAGAGCCCGCAUGGAGAGCCUUAUGGGGGUGUACCGCUCUAAGUCCGACAAAUGCCGGGACAUGGAGGCCGACAUCUUUAUAGGGCUCGAGGCCCUGCUCGUCGAAAGCGCCAAGUACAGGAUCUACAAGGCCAUUCCCUGGAAUGCGGACAACUGCAUCGCAGAUCUGAGCUCUUUGGGGGCGGGUGAGUACUGCAAUAUCUGCCGCGACGCCUCACGGGGAUGUGCUGCCAUGGCGUUCAUCUCCAUUGGCUGCAGCCUCUUCAACAUCUGGACCGACGUGCAGCGGAUGCGAGCCCGGAAUGAUCACAACUGCAUCAAGGCCGUGGCGAUUGUGAGCAACAUCGUGGGAGCUCUGCAGUUGCUGCUGGCCGUGUCAAUCUUUCAGCUCUUGUGUGUGGCAGAGUUUCCCAGGGAAGAUACCAACCGGACGUACCGGCUAGCACUCGCCAUGGGCAAAGGAGGCGCUCUCAUCGCCAGCGCGUGCUGCAUCAAUGUCUUCAACAUCGUGAUGCAUUGGUGCAUUCCAGUCCCUGCUGCACGCUGGAAGCGAGGCGUGGAGCCCUGGAAGGAUCCGGGCACGGGUCUGUGGCCUCCGCUAGACACGGCGGUGAAGGACUUCGAUGGCCCCCUCCCUCAGGCCUCGUCGUCGGCAAAGCAGGGCUGGAUGGACGGAGCCGACGACGACGAUCCGGUUCGCGUCCUCAUGCGAGCUGGAAUGCCUCGGCCCGAAACGCCGGAUAUUUGGCCGGACCUCCACGGGGACGAGGAGCCAGGAGACUUGCCAGCCCUAGCCGGGGACAGCAAGAACCGCCGUCCCUCAAUAGAGUCGGUUUGA